ACGUUGUUUAUUUUCAGAAGUUUAUACCUACUACAUAUAAAAUUUCUUUAAAGUUACCGCUCAUCAGCUAUUGAUAGUCUCUAAAAGAUAUGCGCACGCAUAUAAUCGGAAAAGGGCGGGCGUCGGCGCGCUAGGGCGGGUCUGAAAGAAGGAAUACUGCUGAACGGCGAUCAAUAUUCCCGCUGACGUCAGUAUAGCGUUGGCCGCUAUUGGCCCUCCCGGCAUUAUUAAAUAAACCUUCUGACAGAGUAGCGCGUGUUGUUGCGCCGCGGGCACAGCACCGCAGCACGCGGCGGGCCCGCGUACCGCUCGCGGCCGCCGCCGCACGCCAUGGCCGACAUGCCAGACCUAUCGCACCUUACGCCCGAGGAGCGCGCCAUCAUCGAGGGCGUUAUUAUGCGGCAAAGACAAGAGGAACAACGCGAACAUGAGAUAAUGAGACGGAAACAAGACGAAGUAGCCGUUUUGGAGCAAACGAUUCGUACAAGGAAUGAGAUGCAACGUGCAGCUGGCGUUGAGUUGGCUGCUACAUGCCACAUUUGCUUAAAAACGAAGUUUGCGGACGGUGUCGGCCACUCCUGCCACUACUGUCGCGUUCGAUGCUGCGCUCGCUGUGGGGGAAAAGUUACUUUGCGAUCUAAUAAGGUAAUUUGGGUCUGUAUUCUCUGUCGUAAAAAGCAAGAACUCUUAUCGAAAACCGGGCAAUGGAUUCACAAAAGUGCCGGUCAAGAUUCUAUGCUUUGGAGAAUGGAGUCGGAUAUGAGAAAUUUACCACCACAGGUAGAUGCAACAUUAGAUAAAAGACCUAAACUUGAAAGAGCGCACAGUGCGGCAGAAAAAGAGAACCAACCGUUACAGAGAUCUGGAAGCGCCCUCCGACGUCAGUACAGCCAACAAGAGGCGAAAUGCUAUGGGGAAUUGGAGGGACUGUCGAGAACACAUCCACACCUUGUCCAUCCGAGACAAAAGCCUUACGGAAUAGACGAUCUAGGCGCACCGCUGCCACAAUCGCAGCUGUUGCCGUUGCCCCACGGAGCAGGCGUGCACCCGCCGCUGCCGCCUCGCUCCUCGUCCUCCGACGAUGAAGUGCCAGAAUGUGUUUCCGACGAAAACGACGAGUAUCGCGAUCGCGGAGAUCUAGAGGCGUGUGCUUCACUUCGAAACCCUCAUCUUCGCUCCAACGUGGCUGCAAACAACUAUUACAAUUUAGCUAAUCAUUCGCCGGCCUCAUACAUACCCGAGGGGAGCGGAGUACUCGACACUGCCACAGUGCCUACCGGUGGACAUAGUUUUGACUCGGUCACAGAUUGUCGGUGGCGCACGCGUGACGAAGGGGAGAGUUCGUACUUGCGUCCUUACGUGAGAGACGAAGCGCAUACAUCUGACCGGGCUGUAUAUAAAAGCGCCUAUCUGUGGGAAGAUUCGGUCGAUAACAGAAGAUUUACUGAAAGAAGAAAAAAAACUGUUAGAUUCGAUGGACACGAAGGGGCAGCGACGUUUCCCCGAGGAGGCCGCGACUCUUCAGUCGUCCCACACGAUUGGGCCUCUUUGCGAUGGGAAUCUGAAAGACAAACGAGUCAAGACUCUGCUACAAAAGAUUCAGGCAUCGACACGUCUAGCACUUUUACUUCCAGCGAAGAUUCUAACAGGGGCGAGUGCCCUAAGUUUCCGUUAAACUGGCAAGUGACUACGGAUGGCACUCGCAUGGUCGGUCACAUGGUGCUACGGAAGAGCAUAGUCGAAGGAAGCUCGCACUCGUCUGCGGCUAUUCUCGGCUUGAAAGUCGUUGGGGGGAAAAUGCUACCAGAUGGCACAAGAGGAGCUAUAGUGGAGAAGGUCAAAAAAGGAUCUAUUGCAGAUUUAGAAGGACAGCUAAGAAUAGGCGAUGAAGUGUUACAAUGGAACGGGGUUCCAUUACAAGGUCGAAGUGCUGACGAUGUGGCAGCAGUGGUGGCUAACAGCAAACACGACACACAUGUUGAGCUCGUCGUGUCUCGCCCUUUGGGUUCCGCUAGACUCCUUGCGCAACCUUGGAGAACCCACAAAGAAGUAUACACGGAGGUUCUGGGUGGCGGCGAAAAGCCAAGCGUACUGGUGACGUCACGUCGACGGAACGCGAGGCAAAACAAUCAAAAUGCUAAUGUUGCUGGUCGAAUACAGCUCAAAGUGUAUUUCGACAUAUCGGCACUCCAACUUCUGGUCACAGUGGUAUCAGCUAGUGGGUUGAGCCCUCGACCUGACGGUUCUCCACGGUGCCCUUAUGCAAAAAUUUUCCUGCUACCAGACAAGAGCGAAAAGAGCAAACGUAGAACCAAGACCCUUGCUAAUACUUUAGAACCGAGAUGGAAUCAAACGUUCGUUUAUUGUGGAAUACGUAUUUCGGAUAUUAAGAAGAGAACUUUGGAGGUUACAGUUUGGGAUUUAAAUCGUUAUGGACCAAAUGACUUCCUUGGAGAAGUUCUUUUAGACCUAGACAAUAUGGUGAUGAACCACGAACCAAAUUGGUACAAAUUGAAACCGCAUGAUGAAUUUGCUGGUUUUGGUAGGUACCGUGAAGACGAGGCGGAUGGAGAGCACUUAUCGCCACCAUCCACAUCUACUUCGCGACUGUCUGACUCGGACACUCCCAGUGAAUGCGACCUGCGGCGGCAUCAUUCUUUGUCCAGCCUGGCUUCAAGCUCUAGUCCACCUCCACCAAAUGAGAUGGAUGGCACUCGUUACAGCAGACGGGAUAUGUCCCCGGCCGGACGAGUGCGCACUGCUGGUAUGGCCAGAGAAAGGGGUCCUGGAUACGUAGCGCGGUCGCAAUCCGCGGCCGGCGGGCGGAGCGUGUCGCCGCGCCGCUCGCUCUCGCCGCCCAACGACAGGGACGCUUACCGCUAUACAGUAUGUGAAGAUCGGGGUGAUGGCGCACGGUUGCCGACUCAUGCUUAUGCACCUCGGUUUCAAUCUCGCUCUGCAACCGCGACACCUACGACCAGCCCAAAGAAACGGCAGCUCCCACAGAUUCCUCAUCAGAAUACACAAAGGGCGAUGCGAGCACAGGUGUCGGCGGAUCUCGAAGAACGUAAGUGGAUCGCCCCGCAUCAUAUUGGCGCCACACUCACCUACCGCAGCACGCCACAAGGUUGGGAAAGGCACUACGCAGGGCUCUCGGACUCGGAGCUGGCGUCGCGCGGCGGCGGCGGCUGGGCGCCUCGCCGCCGGCUGUCGCCCGACGCGGCCGCCGGCGACUCCGACAUCGAGUCCGUCGCGUCCGUCACGUCCAGCGCGUUCAGCACGCAGUCCGAGCGACCGCGCCCCACGCGCAUGUUAAGCCGCAAACGGAUCUUUCGUCCUAUUAUUAAAUCCUCUUCUUGUGAUAGCUUCAUUACAGAUACCCUUACAUCUCCUACUAUCCCCUUCCGAUCCAUUUAUAGCCCUUGGAGUACCUUGACUAGUAGAAAGUACGUACCCGAUUUUGAUAGACUCAAUAACCCUUAUUCGUCUAUAACAAGAAGACAAUUUAAUCAUCGCCUAUACCCUGCACUACAACGUAGCCAUUCUAUAGGUGCUAGUUUAAAAGAUAGCUUUAAAGCCUAUGAAAGCAUAUUAAAAGACCCUAAAUACGAUGAAAAAUAUAAUGAAUACAGUAAAAGUUACGUCGGAAAUCUUUUUAACAAGAAUCAUAUAAAAUAUCCCAAUUUUACAAUUCUCCCUGAUAUUGGAAAGGUAGUUAAAUCAUCUCUGAAUUCCUAUUUCGAUAAACCUUACAGCAGAUUACGGGACUAUUCAAGCUCUAUAAUUGAUCGUAAAUUAUUAAAGGAUUAUCACGUUGAGCAUAAGGUAAAAAAUGGAUAUGGAAGUCAUAAAAAGAGAAAUUUACGAAUGCUUAAACAUUUACGAGGUUCUUUUAAUUUUCAAUCAUUUGAUGAAGAUCCUUAUUUCACACAAGAUGUAUUACCUACUAUUGCUGACGAGAUAACUGAAGAUAUGUAUUCGGACCAUUUUCAUGGAUACGGUAGUGAUUCUAGUUUAGCCACAAUGAUACACGUCAAUGUAGAUAAACCAAAAGCAAACAUUUUAGAACACGAUUUAAGCGAAAAUUCAUACAUAGCGAAGACAGAUAGCUUACCAAAAAAGUGUUUAUCCCUUGAUCUUGGUAGAAUAAAUGAAACAAGGUAUAAUAAACACAAUGCAUUAUACAGAGAAUACUUCAACAGUGUCGAUAUAAGUCCAAAUUCAGAAAUGUAUGAUCAUCUUAAUUUUACCUUAGGUAAGGAGGACAAUGGUUAUAGGGAUAUAUAUGAUCAAUUAUUUUGUAGUAAAUUAUCACCUACGACGGCUAAACCAGUAACACCUGAUGAUAUAGUAGACUUAUACGAGAAUAUUUCCAAAUGUAUGUUACAUUUUGACAUAAGUCCAAAUGUCAGGGAUGAUAUGGUACCGCCUAAGAAACCAAACGUUAAAAAGCGGGCAAACAUAGUGUGUAUAAACGAAAUUCCCACCGUUCAGGAGUUUUACUCGCCCGACUCCCUUUCUCCUUUUCCAAGUCCAGAUUAUGAACCAUACAAUGAACCUGUAAGAUCAGAAUCAAAGCAUGCUCGCAAUUCAUCAUAUUAUGUAAAACACGAAGUAGAAAAGUAUAAUCGUACUAGAGCUAAUUCGUUCUCUACAAUUUAUUCCCCAACUCACGGCUCACCUCACCGCGCGCUCGCUCCUGUUGAUUCGCACUCGUCUCCAAAUGUCACCAACGCAACGGAAAAAACUAAUAACAACCAACCGACUACAAAACAACGUCAAGAAAAUGUGGAUGACACCCAAUGUACGACGAAUGCAAAUAAUAAACGGAAGAAACUUGUUGAAAUGGGAUCUCAAAGCAGCAAUGAUUAUGGAGGUAGAGAAAACGGUCGACAUAACAACCAGCCUCCUACUCUGGAAAGGCGAGAGUCAAGACGCGGACAAUUUACGAGAAGUUUAAGCAAUACUGAUGCGCCUGACGAAAAAGCAGAUGGCAGUCUUAGUGAUACGGCCCUUGGUGCUACUUCUGAAAACGAGCCUGCUGGCGACGAUACUUUGUUGAAAGCAGAACCAAGAGACUAUUUUGGUCCGGGUAUGGGCAAGAAAAGCAAUUCCACAUCUCAACUAUCGGCCACAGGACGGAAAAGAAGGUUAGGUUUUGGUAAACGCGGAAAAAAUUCGUUUACUGUUCAACGCAGUGAAGAAGUUGUCCCCGGUGAGUUGAGGGGAGGCACUGGAGUGUCCCGGGCCUCCUCAGCCUCCAGUGAAAACGACGAUGACAGAUGGUCUCCCGGGAUGCGGGGAUCCAGUUCAUCGGAUGGAGGUGGUCUGUCAGACUUCAUAGAUGGUCUGGGGCCGGGCCAACUUGUCGGACGACAGUUACUGGGUGCGCCGACGUUAGGCGACGUGCAACUGUCAAUGUGCUAUCAAAAGGGCUUCCUCGAGGUCGAAGUGAUCCGCGCGCGCGGGCUACAAGCGCGGCAGGGCAGCCGCACGUUACCCGCGCCCUACAUCAAGGUGUACUUGGUGAACGGCAAGCGUUGUAUUGCCAAGGCCAAGACUAACACUGCGCGGAGAACCCUCGACCCACUGUACCAGCAGACGCUCACGUUCCGCGAGAACUUCAAGGGGUGCAUUUUGCAAGUCACUGUGUGGGGCGAUUACGGCCGCAUAGAAGGCAAAAAGGUGUUCAUGGGUGUCGCCCAAAUUAUGUUAGAUGAUCUCAAUUUAUCCAACAUUGUCAUUGGAUGGUACAAACUCUUCGGAACAACGUCUUUGUAACUGUGGUUCAUCGCUGACGUGCUGUCGGUGAACAAUAUCAAUAAAAAUAUUAAAACGAUUUAUAAAGUUGUCCAAAUAAUACAUCUAGUGAUACUGCUUUAAUAUUAUUAUAAACUGCAAAAAUAUGUCACGAACAUAGGAAAUUUUCUAUAAAACGAAAGUUGUAAUUGUAAUUUUUUAAUUUGUUUUCCUUUCGGAAUGCCUACCAGAGUUAUAAAUAGUUAGCAUUUUAUAGCAAGGGAAAUGUAUAGUGUACUCGAUAAUGUAAUUAAGUAUUAAAAGCCAAAUGCGAA